AUGACACAUUUUUUUCAACCCUUGGAUCUAACGGUCAAUGGACAGGCCAAGAAGUUUUGCAAGAACAAGUUCGCGACGUGGUAUUCCGCAGAAGUCCAGAAACAAGUGGAUAGUGGAAUCAAUUUUGAAGAUGUCGAUGUUGAUCUCAAACUAUCGGUCCUUAAACCAAUCCAUGCCACUUGGUUGGUAGAGUUGUAUAACUUUUUCACCAGCACUGAAGGAAAGGUUUAUGUUUUGAAAGGAUGGGAAAAAGCCGGAAUAAAGGAUGUUUUAAAUGGAAAAGAAGUGCUACCCCCUGUUGAUCCGUAUCAAGACAUUUACGCAAACGAUUAA